AAUGCCGUUUCAUGGAAAAUAAUUUAAAGAUUGAUUAACAAAGCCCCACCCAAAUAUCCGGAUGGCGCCGCUUCCGUAUUUGGAUUUGCUUAUUAGUGAUACACGUGUUGUCUGCGUAAACAAAAACAACGAUGGCGACGUCUAUAGCUAGUACUGGCGAGGAGAUGUUAGAGGAACUGGCAUCAAGGAUUGUUAAACUAGAUGAAUUAAUCCUGGAAAAGGAGACGAAACGUGUAAUGGAUGCAGGGGGGGGGGGGGGCGAUUUAAUAAUGCUAGUUAAUGAUACCGAAGCUUUCGUGGAACAAGGAGGAACAAGGAUACAUUUCCUCAUCUUUCAUGAGGAACAAGAAUACUGCGAGAAAAACGCAAUCCAACAUCAAAAUUUUCACGGAUUAUCUGAUGUCUCAACAUGAGUGGAGAUCUCUAGAGUCUAUUGACUCGGUUCAGUUGGCGGAUUACAUGGCCAGGUUCUUCAUGAUCGUCAGAAAAAACGAUAAAUCUGACUACGAUCGUGUGUGUAUGUGUGUGUGUAUCAUAUUGUAUGUUGUCUCUGUAUUGUUUGUAUAUAUGUUAUAACUGAUAAGUCAACCGACUAAAAGUAACAAAGAACUUGACCUUGAACUUGAGCAAUCAAGCAUUAACCGUUACCUACAGGAGAAACACUACGACGUCAAUAUUUCGACCGAUAUUAAAUUCAAACAUUCUCGUGAUGUGCUAAGUGCCAAAAUGAAGAAUUUGAAGACUCAAGGCAAAGGAAACCGCCCAAAUGCUGCUGAUUCACUAAAUAAGGAAGAAGUGUCAAUUCUGUAUGGAAAGAGGGGCGCUUGCUUUAGAAAAAGGAAGAAAAGAAGAAAUGAAAAUGAGGGUUGUUUUGGCGAUUAUUGUACAAAUGUUGAUCCUUGCCGAGGCGUUGAAUGAUGGAUUUGAGAAAAAACACAACAGAACUACGUGCCCUCAACCGUUCUGUGUGUGCAAAGUCCGUAGGAAAUCAGCGAUAUGCACCGGUGAAAGAACAGUGUUAGCAUACAUACCUAGGCUACCACGGUAUGUAAAUCACGCAACGUUUAGAUCGACCAAUUAUUUCAAUAUGACUCGUCAAUUUCUAUCUAACUUGACUAUUUAUGAUAUAACAAGGUUACAUUUCGUGAGAACAAAUACAACAGAUAUUGAACCUGAUGCUUUCAAUGAUUUGACCAAUCUUACUACUCUAGAGAUAAGCGACAACGUCAACCUCAAACCAACUGUUGUGUCAAAUGUUUUAAGACGUAUUGUUGCUUUAGACAGAGCGAUAUUCAAAUCGAACAACUGGGUAAAUAUUCCAAAAGACAUGUUCACAGGAUUUCGACAUUCGACCAUAACACAACUGUCACUGGAAAACAACGAUAUAAGUGUUAUUGGAGGUCAAUAUUUCGCAGGUUUACAUGUUCUGAAUGAACUUGACUUGUCUCACAAUAAAUUGUCAAAUUUUGAUUCUACAGGGUUCGAAUUCACCAAAAUAACUCAUCUAAAUUUAGCCUUUAAUCACCUUCAAGAGAUUCCAUCUUUCUGUGGACCUUCUGGAGUAGAGACAGGCAGAUAUACCUCAAUUAACUUAACAGCAAAUCCAAUAUUAAGUUUAGACCAGCUUUCUAGCAAAUGUCUCAAUUUUCUAUGGAAACUUAUACUUGACCAAACAACACUUAGGGUAAUAAAGAAGAACACGUUUACCCAUCUUCCGCGCUUAGAAUCGCUUUCCCUUAAGAAAGUCGGAGACCGACUAAUCAAUGUUCAGCCGAAUGCGUUUAAUUCUUCAACUCUUCAGAAAUUGAUUUUCACUCAAAAUAAUUACAGGUUUGAUAAAAAACCAAGUCCAUUUGUUUUUGAAUCUUUACCUAAACUUGUGACUCUUGAUUUGACUAAUAAUUACCUACCGUCUAAGGCCAACAAAUUAAACAGAAUGUUUGGAAACCUAAGAAACCUGAGGAGAUUUAUACUACAAUCUGCUGAUUUAUUCGACCUGCCCAAAAAUUUAUUUCAACGAAUGCCAAAUAUAACACAACUAGUGCUCAACGGCAACCGUAUAAGUGGAUGGAACGAUGACCCGGCAGUGUUUGAAAAUGUCACCUCAAUCAGAGAGCUGUUUUUGGAAGGUAAUAAUAUAAAACUGGUGAACAAGACAUCUUUUCCAUCAAGCUUCCUUCAGUCUCUGACCAAGUUCAGUUUUUCGGACAAUCCUUUCUCGUGCACUUGUGAAUUAGUGUGGUUUCUAAACUGGAUGAAAUCUACAAACACAUCAAAUGUUGUCUAUAAUAAGCGAUACAAAUGCUUGUAUCCCCCAGAACUAAAUGGUAAACUAGUAAGUGAUUAUAACCCAACUGAACUGGAAUGUUCUCCCGUCGACAAACUCCUGGAAUACGUUUGUAUUGGAAUAUCACUUACAUUUAUUGUGACGACUAUCGUGGUUAUCAUUGGCUACAGAUACAGAUUCUACCUGAGGUACUGGUUACAUAUCCUUGGUUUACAUAGGAUGGGCUACCAGAGGAUCGAGGACGACGCAGACUAUCAGUACGACGCCUUUGUCAUCUACUGCCAUGAGGACACUCACUUUGUCAUGGAGGAAAUGAUACCAGAACUGGAGGAAAAGGCACACUGUAGAUUGUGUGUACAUUCAAGAGACUUUGAUGUCGGUCGAUUUAUUCUGGACAACAUAACCGCUAAUAUCCAACUUAGUAGAAAUGUCAUUCUGGUCUUGUCUCGUGCCUUCCUUGACAGUGAGUGGUGUCGAUACGAGCUGACAUUGAUACAAACACGCCUGAUUCAGGAGGGUCCUGGAGUGUUGACGGUCAUUCUUCUGGAGGAAAUGGAGGUCGGCAUUCUACCAUCAUCCAUACGGUCAAUACUGGACACUGUCACCUACAACGAGUGGCCGAAGGAUGAAGCUGGACGUCGGAGAUUCUGGGGCAGAUUACUAAUCGCACUCAACAAACGAUUGGAAAUAAAUGAAGAAGUAAUGUAGUAAUGGAAACUAGCAGGAUGAAAGGAGAAAUUGGUAUUAAAGGUGUUUAUAUAAUAGAUCGAUCAAAUGAUGAAAUAAUAUCAACUCACUUUUGUUUCAUCACUGUUUUGUGAAUUCACUCACUUUCACUGUCUGCACCCCUGGAAUAUAUAACAGUAAAUUUGAAGGAUCACUGUGUACCACUUUGUUCAUUUGAUGUACAUCAAAUGAAUCCAUCAGUCGCGUAACGGUAACAAUGACAAGCUUUGAAGUCGGUUGUCGCUUCACCGGAAGGACAGACAUAAUUCUAGCGAUCGCCUAGACAUUUUUUUACCUUAGACCAAUCAAAUAACUACAUGUAGCCGUGUUCCUUCAAUUUCGCUAUGCCACUUUCCAGGGGUGGAGACAGCAAACGUGAGCGUAACCUCUGGAGUAUCGAGGAUGCACUAAGCCAGAAAGCCUCCUUUUGUGCUUCAUCUACUCGAAGUAAAUACAACCUGAAUGGAACUCUUCUUUGCAAGCAUUACUAGUGCAGUGGUACGUUAAAAUGAAAUACAUCCAGUAUCGAAACAACUUACAUAAAGUUACAGGUUAUAAUUGCUGAACCACAACAGAUCCAUAACAAAUCGGAUUUACACUAUUGUGUUUUUAAAGUCGUAGUAGCAUUGGUAUUAUGCUUUAAUUCAGAUUACACAAUAAAAUUAACAGAAACCUCUGAAAAUAUCAAACUAAUUUUCAUAGCAACAAUCAACCAAAUGGUAAAGUAUCAAUGACACUCAUGAUAAUGUAUUUAUCGAUGGACACAACGUUGUUAAAAGCAAGUUCGAUUUUUUUCCCCUUUCAUACUGCUAAUUCAACAUGCUAACUAGUGUUACUCAUAAAAGAUAUAUCCUGUUACUUAAGACUAUGUAUAACUUCGAUGGUUGACUCUCCGACCUUGUAAUUGCCGCUAUAUAUGCUGUGUAUACAUUCAAUGCAUUUUCAAGGACACAUAAAACUUAAAUAUGAUAUUCUUGUCACUGAGCAAAACUAAGUACAUGUCGCUAGAAUGUAUAUGUAUGUCACAUAACAUAUUACAAUUGUAGAAUACUGCGACUAGAGUAUUUUAGUUCACGUUGAUAUUGUAUAUUAAAUAUAAGUAUAUACAAAUGUAAGAGUUGAUUGAUUACAGGAACAAAUAGCAUGCUUAGUCACAAGUUGUAACACGUAUAAACAUGGGUAGGGCAUGAGAGUUAAGUGGUUGGAGAGUGUCAUGUCAUUUAGCGGAUUCAAAACACUGCAUGCCCUAUGCAUUUAACAAAUGCAAGAUAAUAACGAGAGGCCCCAUGGGGCUAAUAUUGCUCAUGCAGAGUUAUACAGUUUUAUGUAAGUAAAACGACAGGAACAUGUGUAUUGUUCAAUUCCCGGACUUGAUUCGUCAGGAUUUUAGAUGUUGUAGACAUCUUUUGAGAAUUUAUAUUCCACAAGCCAAUCAUCCGGCGAGUACUUGUGAGUUUAAUGUUUUUUUCAGUUAAUAUCAUUAUGCCUAACAUGAUUUUAAAAAUUGAAACUUAUUAAAUAAAAAAAUGAAACUAUUGAUAACUCAUUAUAUCAAUGUAAUGGCAUGUAACUUGAGGUCGUUCACGACACACGCCCUCUAAGGAUGAAUAGUUACAUGUAAUUGUACAAAUAGGAACCUCGUAUUUAUGUUAGCGAGCAACAUGGUUUUCAACUUCAUCAUCCCAUGAUCUAACGACAAUCACGCUGAAACAUUUAGCUUGGGUUUCCUCCCUUUGUCUACGUGCACGUUAACGAAAUAAACUUUCAACACGUUUUACGAUGGCCGAUAUCAGCCAUAUCAAAAUACACUUAAGCAAUUCAAUUUUGUCAGAGGUUUCUUGACAUUAUAUUGUCAGCAAUUACAAAAGCAGUUGGAUUUUGUCAGGUGUGUGGCAAAUUUUUAUGUCAAAUUCUGCUUUGCUUUCUGAUGUUUUUGACAACGCAGUAUUGGCCCCAGCCUCGAUAUCCAGGGUAUACGCUCAUUUACGCUCUCUGCAUCCCUGAAUAUGUCAUAGCAAAAUUGAAGGAUCAUUAACUGUCGCCACCUUGUUGAGGAGACAUGAAGACUAGUUUGAUCCUUUGAUGUACAUCAAAACGAUCUUGCCGUCGCGUAACGAUAAACAUUGACUGACUUUGAAGUCGGGUGUCGCUCCUCUCUAAUCUUCAAAGUACAGGUGUCAGCCUAGCAAUUGGUCAGGGUUUUUUUUUUAAUCUGAGACCAAUCAAACAGCUAUCGUUGUGCCUUAUGUUUUGCUAUGAAAUAUUCCAGGGGUGCAGAGAGCGUACGUGAGCGUAACCCUGUGUUGGCCCGUAUAAGCCUUGACACUUUUCAAGCUUUGCACACGUUAUUAAAAUUCCUCCUGUAAACACUAGAUUUUCUCUCGAAUACAACGAUUGACUACAACCACGGUUAGAACCUAUAUCAUAAAGAAUCAAAGGGAAGGAGGGAGGCGGAGGAUCGGUUUGCGUGAAAAGACCAGCUGUGUUCCAUCACGUAGCCUAGUAUUAUCAACAGGACUGCUACUUACUUGUAUUUUGUACAUUGUAUUUUGUACAUAGACAAACUGUACCUUGUAUCAUGUACGUGUUUUCAUAAUACAUUAUGUACAUGUCUAUUCAAUACUUUAUGUAAAUUUA